AUGAACAAGCUGUCGAAUAUGCGUCAAUGGUCAGAGCGGAUGAGCCCCAACUUUGCCAUCGGAGGCCGACCGAAUCCGAACAUACCGGUAAACCCGCUGAAUCCUCAUACGAAGGCGCCGCCAAUCCCCCAAGGUCCUCCAAUUGCUUCUCCGCAGGGCGAUGCCACGAUUCACUACUCGUUCAAUGUGCCCUUCGCCUCCGAUCUUGCAGGGCCCAACACGGAAGACAUCCUUCACGCUACCACGGAUGCUGUCCUCCGCUGGACUCACCCCGAAGACGCCCCCGACGAUGUCCCUGUCCACGAUCUUCCAAUCCACGCCCAGAACUUGGCAAACCUGAUGAGGUUAUGUAGAGAUCUUUCAGCUGGUCCUCUACCCGUAGAAGCACACGUAGUUACGACCACUCCUAAGAAUGCCAAGGGUCAGGUCACAACUGUCUGUCUCUCGGGCUCCCCCGAGCUCGUCCAGAAGAGCCGUGAGACCAUCCUCAAUGAUACCCCCAUCUCUCUGCGAUGCACACACAUUGAUAUCGACGGCAAGCUUGUUUGCGAUCUUGCCGCCGGCGUUCUCAAGAAGCCCGUCAUUGAAGACCUUGACAAGAUCUCCGCCUAUUGUGGUGUCGACAUCUUCCUGCUUGGACCGAAACUGACACCAAUGGUCGAUGGUAUGGCUGGAGAUGGCGAGGCGAGAGUCGAUCAACGAUGGAGAAUCGCAAUCUACGGAGAUGUCCUGGCGGCUGAGCAUGCCAAGGCUCGUGUCUUGAUCCAAAUCGACCGUCUGCUUGGCCGCAUUGUUGAUGCCGUCCAGCUGGAACUGUCUGUUCAUCAGAUCAUCUGUGGACGCCACCGAAAGAGCAUCAAGCUCAUCGAGUCCGCAACUGGAACCGCCAUCUACUUCCCGCCGCCCUUCUCGCAGAUGUACCGCUACUGCCCCCCAAACGCCUGCCGUCGCGAUCCCAACGACAUUUUCAUCACUGGCGAGAACCAGCAAGCCAUUGAGAUGGCAAAGCAGAGACUUCACGAUGCCGCGCUUAGAGUUCGAGUUUUUGUAAAGGAUGUGCAGAUCACCCCGGCAAAGAUCGAUAGCAUCCUCCUCACGCGGUUAGACAAAGUCAGGAAGAUCAUGGAGGCCAAUGCUGCUUAUAUCAUGUUCCCGCCGCUCGCGAACCAGCGAAACAUGGUCAGAGUCCAGGGACUUGACGUGCUACACGUUGAGCGAGCGAUCCGGGAGAUUAUGGCUCUGGCUGGUCAAUUCUAUAGUGCCUCGUGGCUUAUCCAGCACGCAGAUCCCCGCCAACAACCACCGAGUCCCGCUGACAUUCGAAAUAUCCUCGGCGAUAUUUGCGCCAACUCCGAUGCCGAGAUUUCUUUCGACAAGCAUAGCUUCAACCUGACGGGAUCUGACGAUGCGGUCAAGGCAGCUUUGGCGGUCAUGUCUGAGAUCAAGUUUAUUGUCCAGUCGCAAUAUCAGAUCCGUGUCAAGAUUGAGUUGGCGAGUGAGCACAAGGAAUUCGUCAGUGGCAAGAAGAACGGCAAAAUCAACAAGAUCAUGGGUUCCAGCAACGUUCAAAUUAUCUUUGAUGGCUUCAACGAGUACAACUUCAACAUUGAUGUUAUGGCCGUCAACUACGAGUUUAUGAAGCGAGGCCUGAGCAUGGUGGAACAAGAAAUGCCGGCGUCUAUCUCUUUCCACGUUCCAGACCAGUACCACAAGCGCAUCAUCGGUAUUGGCGGUCAGCACAUUCAGAGAAUCAUGAAGAAGCACUCUGUAUUCGUCAAGUUCUCCAAUGCAAUGGACCGCGGCGGUAUGAGCCGCGAGGAUGACGACAUCAAGGUUGACAACGUCAUCUGCCGAACUCCCGCUCGUAACGCCCAGAACCUCGACGCGGUCAAGAACGAGAUUCUGGAGAUGGUGGACCGUGCUGACUCUGAAUACACCUCGCAGACGGUCAACAUUGACCGACUCUAUCACCGUCAGCUCCUCGCGCGUCUCGGUGACAUCUCUGAUCUAGAAUCCAAGUACAAUUGCAAGAUUCACUUCCCCAGCACUGAGGAUGCUAGUGAUGAAGUCAAGAUCGACGGCCCUCAGUGGCAAGUCCCUCAUUGUGUGGACGAGCUCUUGGGCAUGGUACCCGACAACCACGAGUUAGUUUUAGCUCGGUCCACCGAUCUGAUUAAGUUUCUUGAGUCGCCCGAUUUUGCUCAUGAGCUGGUUCCUAAGUUUAAGACUCAACACGAAGUCGAAGUCACGGUCCAUCAGAACCCGGAUGAGCGAAGGGAAGACGGCCUGCCUACUAUUACGUUGAUGUGGAGCUUCACUCGCAACAACGCCGGUGGCCUUCGCGACGCAAUGGACUUCCUACAAGCCCAGUUUGCCACUGCUGGUGUGGAAGUCAACAUUGUCAAGGGCUCCAUCCUACGACCGAAGUCUGACUCGUUCGAAGACUCGCUCCAGUACUUCAACUCCCGACUUCUCCAGCAUGCACCCGCCCCAAUCAAGACUGAUUCACCCGUCAAGCCCGCUUUUGGAGAAGAAGUCGCUCGAGAGCGGAGCACCAUCUUCGACAGGCUCCGAAAGCCUGGCAGCAUGACAUCCAUCUCGUCAUUCUUGGACCGCAGGAAGAACAGCUCAACCUCGGCUGCUGGGUUUUUCAAGGGCUCAAGUAACGUAUCCAAAUCGUCUCUCAUUUCUAUCGAGUCUGCCAGGAGCUUCAACGCCGACCGUAACCCCUGGAACGAUAGCGGCGUGAACCUUCCGGAAGAAGACCACAACAUCUGGGGACCACCCCAACAUAUCGGCAACGGCUCCAAAUUGAUGCCGCAUAUGCCCCAACCUGGCGAUGCCACUCCACGACACGGCACUCGCGCGUCCGGCGACAGCGGACGCCCUUCCACUUCUCAUUCUACCAAUUCAGGAUACCCCGGUCCCAUUGGACCAUACCGUUAG